CGUGCAACUUCUGCUAUUUCAGCUGAUGGUGGCUUCAGUAACUGGGGAGUUUUCACUCCUUGUAGUGCAACUUGUGGAGGAGGUGUGCAGUCUCGCAGCAGGGUCUGUGAUAAUCCUGCUCCUCAGUACAAUGGAAAGGACUGCGUGGGACCAGUCAAUGAAACAAGGGCAUGCAAUACCUUUUACUGCCCAAUUGACGGAAAUUACAGUGAGUGGUCAGAAUUCAUGCAAUGCAGCGUGACAUGUGGCAAAGGAGUACAAACACGUUCCAGAAGCUGUAUAAACCCACCCCCUCAACAUGGUGGAAAGAACUGCUCGGCAUUUGGUCCACCUGUGGAAACUAAAGAGUGCAACUUAAAAGAGUGUCCAAUUGAUGGUGGUUACUCUCCAUUCACAAACUGGUCAGACUGCACUGAGACUUGUGGUGGAGGAGAACAGAUUAGAACUCGUACCUGCACCAAUCCUGAACCAAAACUCGGAGGGAAGGACUGCUCGAGCUUUGGGUUAGAUUAUGAAAAAAGAAAAUGUAACACACAAAAAUGCCCAGUGGAUGGUGGAUUUACACCAUAUUCUAACUACUCAGUGUGUAGCAAGACUUGUGGUACAGGAGUUCAAACACGCACUCGAUCAUGCUCUAAUCCAUUACCACUGUUUGGAGGCAGGAAUUGUUCUGGAUCUUAUGUGGAGUCACGAAAGUGCAACACACAGCCCUGCCCAGUUGAUGGAGGAUUUGCUGAAUGGGGUAACUAUUCCACCUGUUCUGUUACCUGUGGUGGAGGAAAUGAGGUGCGCAUGAGAACUUGCACUAAUCCAGUGCCACAAAAUGGAGGCAAUCCUUGUUAUGGUCCAACGACUGAAUCCAGGGAAUGUAACACACAACUUUGUCCAGUUGAUGGAGGCUACACUCAAUGGACUCCAUAUUCGCAGUGUAGUGCCACAUGUGGUGGAGGUAUGCAGCAGAGAACAAGAACUUGCACUGCCCCCGCUCCAUCAAAUGGCGGCAAAGACUGCAGCAUUUAUGGACCAGGCUCUCAGUCACAGAAAUGUGGCACCAUACCAUGCCCAAUAAAUGGUGGAUACACUGAGUGGUCUCCAUGGACAGCCUGUAGUGUCACUUGUGGUGGUGGAACAGUGAAGAGAACAAGAAACUGCACAAACCCCUUGCCCCAGUAUGGUGGCAAAGACUGCUCACUGGAUGGACCAGAAAUUAUCACCCAGGCUUGUAACCCACAAUCGUGUCCAGUUAAUGGUGGCUACUCUCCCUGGAGUGACUGGACACAGUGCACAGUCACCUGUGGUGGUGGAGAGUCUUUGAGGUCACGUCAGUGUACAAAUCCUGCACCAGAGUUUGGUGGAAAGGACUGUUCAUCUCUGGGAUCAUCCUCUGAGACAGUGAAAUGCAAGAGUGAUCCAUGCCCUGUGAAUGGUGGUUACUCUCCUUGGCAAGAGUGGUCACCAUGUAGUGUAACUUGCGGCAGUGGAGAGCAAAACAGGAUGAGGAUAUGCAACAACCCUGCACCCAGUAAUGGAGGAGGUGACUGUAUGGCUAUUGGCCUCGGUCAACCUACAGAAUUUAAAGCAUGCUACCUUGAAGUGUGCCCUGGACCUCCAGAAACUGGUUGGUCUGAGUGUUCCAAAACAUGUGGCGGCGGUGAAAAGUUCAAAAUGGUCAACAUUGGUGGACAGAUGACAAAGAAAGUCAUAGCUUGUAACAAUUACCCAUGUCCAGUUGAUGGCGGGUUUUCUCCCUGGUCCAACUGGACUGAAUGUUCACAAUCUUGUGGAGGAGGAGUUUCAUCAAGAACACGAGUUUGUAUAAACCCCAUGCCAAUGUACGGAGGCAAAACAUGCCCUGGAAAACCUGUGGAAACUAAAGAAUGUAACGUAGAGCCUUGCCCUCCACCGAAAAUUCCCAUUCGUUCAUGCCGUGAAUUUCUUGAACGCUGCCACAGUAAAACUGAUGGUCUUUACACCAUCUACUUACAAAAGCCGAACUCAGCAGAGACAGGCAACGUCUUCUGCGACAUGACACACGACAAUGGAGGCUGGACCUUAAUGAUAACUAGUGCUACCAAUCAGGGCUGGACCAAGGACAAUGUCAAAAGCAGGAAUGCAGCAGAGCCUUCUGUAACCAAGGAUUACUCGGCACUAAAUGAGGGAGACACAAUCAAGUCCAUUGCUGUUAGUCCUUAUUUCCUGUAUCGGCUGGAAGCACGAGAAAGGGGAACCAAUGGUGGAAUUUUUGUUGCACCUCAAAAUUACAGCCUCACAUCUUCAAAUUGCGGACAAACGGGAGUGCAGUUGUUGAAAAAGUUUGGCACGUGGCCUGAAGACCAAACGGGCAUCGGCAAACGUAUGCCGUACCUGGCUGUGGAUGAUGAGAAAUCUCUAUUGACGACAUCCGAUUGUCAAGACCAAGCCAGGUAUGGUACGAUUGUGUCUAAAACUGCUGACAAUCAACCUGCUAAGUGGGUCGCUGGUGAUGCGGAGAACCCAGGAAUGAUUUGGUACUGGAUCAAAGAGUCUUCCACAAUGCUGCAAGCUCCAGCAGAAGGAAAACCAGAUCCAAUGUGUCCCUUCCCAGUUCCCGGUGGCUAUGAUGAAUGGACCCAAUGGUCUUCUUGUCCAGUGACUUGUGGGGGUGGUACUCAAGUGAGAACCAGGAAUUGCACCAACCCUGUACCACUCAAUGGAGGUUCUGAUUGCUCCUCAAUAGGAGGGAACAUGGAAACGAGGAAUUGUAACCCUGAAGCUUGCCCGGGGGUCAAAGUUGAUGGCGCCUACACUCCCUGGACUCAGUGGUCAGAGUGCACAGCAACUUGUGGUGGGGGAACACAAAUGCGCAAUCGAUCCUGCACUAACCCUCCUCCUCAGAACGAAGGAAAGACAUGUCUGGAUCAGGGACUGGGUCCACAACUAGAAACUCAAAACUGCAAUAUGGAACCCUGCCCAAGUGUUUGUGUCCCAGCAUGUCAGAAUGGCGGUACGUGUGUAAAUGCACAGUGUCAGUGUAGCCAAGGGCUCUAUGAAGGAAACUAUUGUCAAACACCAAUUUGUAAAGUUCCUUGUCAAAAUGGUGGAACAUGCACUAAACCUAAUCAGUGUAAAUGCCCUAAUGGAUAUAAGACCACAACCUGCGGCGUUCCUGUUUGUCAGCGUGUCUGUCAAAAUGGUGGAACGUGCAUUGCCCCCAACACGUGCCAGUGCCAGCCGGGUUACUCUGGCCAGUGGUGUCAAACCUCUACCUGCAAACCAGACUGCCUCAAUGGAGGAACUUGUGUCAACAAUAAAUGUGUCUGUGCAGCUGGAUAUAAAGGGACUAACUGCAACAUAGGUGAGGGUCAUUUUUUUUUUUUUAAUUGAUUGGUUAAUUGUAACUAAGGAGCGACUAAUCAGUCCCUGCGCUGUCAGGUUUAUAGAAUUUGUAGACUCGAAUAUCUGGCAUCUUUUACUGGGACUGAAACUGAACACGCAUUCGG